AUGCAGAAGGGACUUAAAAACCAGACAUUUCUUCUCUUUUUUAAACUUUCUCUUCCAUCUUGUUCUCUUGCUAUCCAUCACUUUUAUGUUCUUUUUUCAUGUCCUUCGCUCUCACACUCUCCUCUCUUUUUCUCCUGCACUUUCUCUUUCCUUUCUUGUUCUACUCCUUCUCUCUUUUCUUUUGUUCCACUCUUUCUUUCUCCUCCCUUCUUAUCCCCGACUCUCUCUCAAAACUUUCUUUUCGUCCCUCUCUUUUCUUUUUAUACCACUCUUUCUCAGUCCCUUUCCCCUUGUUUCUCUUUCUUUCACAGACCUUUUUCCUUGUCUUUCUCUCUAUUCACACCUCUCUCUCUCUCUCACACACCUUUCUCCUUGUCUCUCUCUCAAACACUCCUUUCUCAUCAUCUCUCUCUCUCACACACUCCUUUCUCCUCAUCUCGCUCUCUUUACACUCCUUUCUCUCCUCUCUCUCUCUCUCUUACACUCCUUUCUCCUCAUCUCGCUCUCUUUACACUCCUUUCUCUCCUCUCUCUCUCUCUCUUACACUCCUUUCUCCUUCUCUCUCUCUUACACUCCUUUCUCCUUCUCUCUCUCUCUCUCUUACCUCCUUUCCUUCUCUCUCUCUUACUUUCUCUCUUCUCUCUCUCUCUUACUCCUUUCUCCUCAUCUCUCUCUCUUACCUCCUUUCUCCUCUCUCUCUCUCUUACACUCCUUUCUCCUUCUCUCUCUCUUACCUCCUUUCUCCUUCUCUCUCUCUCUCUCUCUUACACUCCUUUCCCUUCUCUCUCUCUUUUCUUACACUCCUUUCUCCUUCUCUCUCUCUCUUACCUCCUUUCUCCUUCUCUCUCUCUCUUACACUCCUUGUCUCUCUCUCUUACUCCCUUUCUCCUUCUCUCUCUCUUGUCUCCUUGUCUCUCUCUUACACUCCUUGUCUCUCUCUCUUACACUCCUUGUCUCUCUCUCUCUUACACUCCUUGUCUCUCUCUCUCUUACACACCUUUCUCCUUCUCUCUCUCUCUCUUACACCUUUCUCCUUCUCUCUCUCUCUCUCACACACCUUUUCUCCUUCUCUCUCUCUCUUACACACCUUUCUCCUUCUCUCUCUCUUACACACCUUUCUCCUUCUCUCUCUCUCUCUUACACACCUUUCUCCUUCUCUCUCUCUCUCUUACACACCUUUCUCCUUCUCUCUCUCUCUCUUACACAACUUUCUCCUUGUCUCUCUCUCUCUCUUACACAACUUUCUCCUUGUCUCUCUCUCUCUCUUACACUCCUUUCUCCUUGUCUCUCUCUCUCUCUUACACUCCUUUCUCCUUGUCUCUCUCUAUCUGUUACUCUUUCUUCUUGUCUUUCACCCCUUUCUCCUUAUCUCUUUCUCUCUCACACCUUUCUCCUUAUAUCUCUUUCUCUCACACACACCUUUCUCCUUGUUUCUCUCUCUCUCUCACACUCCAUUCUCCUUGUCUCUCUCUCUCACACUCCAUUCUCCUUGUCUCUUUCUCUUACACUCCAUUCUCCUUGUCUCUCUCUCUCUUACACUCCUUUCUCCUUGUCUCUCUUUCACCGUUUUUUCUAGUCCUUUUUUCUUUAUUCCCUUCUCUCUCUCACUUUGUUCUUCUCUCUCACCCUUUUCUUCCUAUCCCUUUCUCUUUCUCUUAUCCCGUUUCAUCUUAUUCUUCCUUCUUACCUAUUUUUAACCGUCUCUCUCCCACCACGCAUACUCUCCUUUGUCGCUAUGGUAGUAGCAAUGUGAUUACUUUUCUUUCUCUUGACAUAUUUUUAUCUUCAAACCAGAAAGCUCGAAAUGAGCAUUGCUUGCCUUCAGGAAACGCAUCAAACAAUAAAUUUCUCUCUCUCUCUCUCGUUUCUCUCUCUCUCUCUUGUUUCUCUCUCUCUCUCUCUCGUUUCUCUCUCUGUGUUUUAGGAUCUCUCUCUCUCUCUCUCUCUCUGCCUCUAGCAUCUUUCUUUUCCUCUUGUUUUCUCUCUCAGUUUCUUUACCUGUCCUUGAAUGAAUCUCAUCCUCUCUCUCUCUCUCUCUCCCCCCUUUCUUUAUCUCUCCCUCGGAAUCUGUUUAUCUUUUGCUGCUCAAAUAAUUCUCGCAAAUUUCUCUCAUCCACUCAAAAAAAUAUUAAUUAA